AUGUUGUCCUUCAAACUCUCCUUCUUUCUAGCCUUCUUCCUUUGGGCCUUCACUCUUGAGGCUGCACCAGCAAUGCACCAUCACCGCCACGGUAAUCAACAUCUUCGUCAUCUCCACGCAACAAGAGCAGCACUUUUGCACCGUGCAAGAUCACACUUCCACCAUGGAGCCCCUCAAGUUUUGUUCGAGGAGCCUCAGAAGCCUAGUGAGAGUGUGCGAGCACAGGCUGUGCCUGAGCAGGAGAUGCACCACUCCGUGGAGCGGUUAACGGUAUAG